CACUACUCGCUGUCACGCAGUCCGCCGACCGCUCAACUCUGUGCUCCACCUAGGCCCGCGCCUUCCGUGCCGAAGCCCGCGAGUGCUUCAGCGCAGCGCCGGAGCAGGUGUGCCUUCUGGUGGUGACGUCACAGCGCCGCCGACACGACGCGAAUCAGCGCGCUGCAGCCGCCGGCGUCUCCGGACGCCUCGUCCGGCGGAGACCGCUGCCCCGAGAUGAAGUGGAAGCCAGAAACAACACCAUUUCAUCAUGUAGGAGAUGAAUCCACAGACCAAAACAACAAUAUCACAAUGACAAGUGAAGAUCUACUGCAACCAGGCCACGUGGUCAAGGAGCGCUGGAAAGUGGUUCGCAAGAUCGGUGGGGGUGGCUUUGGAGAGAUUUAUGAGGGACUUGAUCUGGUUACCAAAGAACAAGUUGCCCUCAAGGUGGAAUCUGCCAGGCAACCAAAACAAGUACUAAAAAUGGAAGUUGCCGUACUGAAGAAGCUGCAAGGAAAAGAACACGUGUGUCGAUUUAUUGGGUGUGGACGCAAUGAUCGUUUCAAUUAUGUAGUGAUGCAGCUGCAGGGUAAAAACUUGGCAGAGUUACGGCGUGCCCAGCCACGAGGGGCAUUCUCCCUCUCCACCACACUGCGCCUUGGUUUGCAGAUUUUGAAGGCUAUUGACAGCAUCCACCAGGUCGGAUUCCUCCAUCGGGACAUCAAGCCUUCUAAUUUUUCGGUGGGUCGCCUUCCAUACACUUGCCGAAGAGUGUAUAUGUUAGAUUUUGGUCUGGCACGUCAAUACACUACAGCUACUGGGGAGGUCAGAGCACCACGAGCAGCUGCUGGUUUCCGUGGUACCGUACGCUAUGCAUCCAUCAAUGCUCAUAAGAAUAAAGAAAUGGGAAGGCAUGAUGACUUGUGGUCGUUAUUUUACAUGCUGGUGGAAUUUGUCAAUGGGCAGCUCCCAUGGCGAAAGAUAAAGGACAAAGAACAGGUCGGCCUCAUGAAGGAGAAGUAUGACCACCGUUUGUUGCUGAAGCACCUUCCCUCUGAUUUGAGACAGUUCCUCGACCACAUACAAUCUCUGACAUAUGAAGACAAGCCUGACUACCAGAUGUUGAUUGGCCUUUUUGAACGGUGUAUGAAGCGUCGUGGAGUGAAGGAAACAGAUCCUUAUGACUGGGAGAAGGUGCCAGUGCCAGACACGAUCCCGCCACAGAUAUCCAACACGCCGGCAAUCGUGUCACGGCCCCAGACGACCGGGCAGACUGCUCCCCGCAUUACUGACAACAUGCUGGAGGAUAACCUCAUCACCAGCCUCGACAAUAAUCAGGAGAACAUUGAGCCGGACAACAGGAGGGAGCUUGAGGCACAGCUCGAUUAUGAAGGUGUAUGUCGACGAAGGCGUCACUUGCAUGGAGAGCAGACAUCUCCUCUAGUAACGGAGACAAAUAGAGAGCGUGAUAAGUUGGUAAUAGACAAGAACUGUAAUGCAACAUUGGCUGCUAAUCAGGCAAUGAACCAAGGUGCUGACACAAAUAUGGCAGUACAAGCAUCUCCAAAGAAGCAGCAACAGAGACGCGCUGUUUCUGUGGCUGCAGCUGAUGAGAAGGAGAGGAGGAAGCACCAACAGGAACAGCUCAAACCACAGCAGGACCACGGGCAGCAGCCGGAUGCCGCAGAGCACGCGGUCGACUACGAGGGAGAUGCCGUCAUGGCAUCUGCUCGAAGCAACUCUGACACUCAGAAACAGCAGAAACAGGCAGUCACGGUUCCUUCUGGUUCCGCCUCACCUGCAGGCUCAGGUCCACGCACAAGUGGCGGCAGAGUCCGUGUCGUGACUGCUCCUGCUACCUGCGUGCAGGACCUGCCUCCACCGCCGCCUCCACUCGUCCAGACUGCACCCGAGCUGCCCAGCCCCCGCAUAUCUGCACACCCGACUACUGAGCCUGAUGGAUCUUAUUAUGCGUACGACUCGGCUAAAGGUAUACUGGGUUCGUCUCCGUCGACAGACCGCGAGCCUUUGCGUGAGCGUGUCAAGGAGCACCGGUCUCGGCGUUUCCACUCUGGCGGCCCCACGAGUCGCCCCCCUAGCUGUCGCAUCAACAAUCGUGAUGCCUCCAUCACACAGUUUGCAGUAAUUGAUGAUGACAAUGUGUCAGCUUUACAACAGGUCACCCGAGGGGGCGGUGGGCUAACUUUGGCAUCUCAGUGGAAGUCUCAGUUUGACGACUCUGAGGAGACAGAUAAUGAGUGGCGCGGGGAGAACCUGCAGAGCCCAGAACACAGGCACCAGGCACAGCUGGCCUCGCAGCACCACCCCGCAUUCCCACCGAGUGCGGACGGCGCGAGCCCGCAGCCGCAGGGCGGGAGCCCAGCCGCGGGCACGGGAUCCCCAGUGCCGUCGCAGGUGGCAGGGGUUGCGACGCCUCCUCAGCCUCACCAGCAAAUGGCGCCUGCGCAGCAGCACCAGCCUCAGGGCCUGGUGGCCGAGGCGCCCCAGCUGUCCCGCAUCAGUGAGGACUCCCGCCAAGAGAAGAACUCGCCUCAGGCACAUGAUGAGACCAUCCAUGCAGAUAACAACACCAGCAAUAAUGGUGGUAUGGGGGCUCAUGUUCAGCAGCCUCCUGUAAGUGGCGGUGUCGAUGUGAAGGCGGUACCACCAGAAUCCCCUGCUGUUCCUUCUUGUGGAACACCUCAGCCACGCUGCCUUAAUAUUGCAGGAAUAGAAAGUUUUGUCGAUCUGCAUGGUGGCCUCCCCCAUGCUUGGAGUCUUCCCCAGCUCGGGCCACAUGUGCGACCUGAACUGGAGCCACCUUUGCUGCAGCAAGCUGCCUUUGAUGAUUUGGUGUAUGAAGUGGACGUGAUGCGCAAUGUGGCUGUGCGCUUGACUCAGGAAGAGAAAGAAUUGGCCGAUGCUGAAAGAGAUCGUGCCCGAAGGCCCAGUCUGCCGACAAUAAAACUCAGUCCAUUUGGAACAAAAGAGAGGAGUCCUCCUCUAAAGUUGGAACAACCACCAACAAAGCAGCAGCAACCACCACCACCUUCAAGUGACAUUCAGUAUAGACAACAGUGUCAGAAGGGACAUAGUGAAGAAAAAUUAGCACAAGCUGCGGUACAUCCAAAGGGUGUUGUGGUGGAGGCAAAUGGAAUUGCGGGCAGUGAAGAGGUAGAAGAAGAGGAGGUAGAAGAGGAGGAGGAGGAAGGGGAGAUGGAGGCAGUGGCCGGGCGGCUGGAGAUCAGAGUUGUGGACAAAGCAGGAGGCUCAGCAGUUGUGGAAACGGCAAAUUCUCGAGCCAACACACAUCUGCAACCUCUGACGAGAAAACCUUCCCCCACGACUAAUGGCAGUGCUGCCGUCGGUGGGGACGGCAGCCCAGCAAGUCCCGGCGUUGGCCAGGAGGAUCCUUCUGUGUACUUUGACGCUGCUGACGAAAACGUUCAAGCUGCAAAUGGUGAACAUCUGUCUCCUGUGCCGGGUGCCGUGCCUUCUAAUGUUGUUCCAAUUACUAAUGGAGAAACCCAAGACAAACUGGAACGAAGACACUCUGUGUGCUCAGCAUCUACUGUUGAGAUGAAAUCAACAGAGGAUCGUUCCAGGAAAGCCGUACCAGUGCAGGCACAGACACCAUAUGCCCCUGGAGUAAAAAGCAAGAUACCAGUGCCCGUCAAGAGCCCGCGUUGCAGUUUCAUUGAGCCUGACUCAAACAGGAGUAAUGAAGAACAUGAAGAAGUUGGUGUAGCAAUCCCAUUACGCAGAUGCCAGACUUUGCCAGAUGCGCGACCGAGUGACGAGGACUCCUCGGACGCACGCCUGGCAGCGUGCACGCCUGCACUACGCAGACGUCGUGAGAGAGAGGCGAAGUAUGUGACUGACCAGUCGCAGCUGAACCUGCGCUUCCGCCGGCCGGGCCAACGUAGUCAGCAGCAGCAGUUGCAGCAGCAGCGUCAAAGGAUGUCUGCCCCUGCAUCCUCCUGUCAGCUGCGUGGUAUCCCUAGCCACUUACUAGCAGCACCUCCAGGGACAGGAGGGGGGGAGGAGAGCAGUGAAGCGGACAGUGACUUGUCAGGAGGCGUCGUAGGUGGACCCGUGCUGCCCCCACACCCACCACCCAUCAGCAGUCCGGCAGAUCUGCGACUGAUCGCCGAGAACAAUGCGAGGUGUCGGCGUUUCCAUCCUGUGGCAUCAGACGGAUCUGCUCGGGAGUCAUGAAGACGGAUGAGAGUGCAACACAACUUCUUUGCCCUUGUGCUAGUCUGAAUUUUGUUCUAAUGACAGCAGCCUCAUCGAAUUGCUGGUUGCCUCUGUCAGAAACAUUAACAUGGCUUCAAGCUGCUGGAGAUUUGCUGAAAAUAAGACUAUGGUACAGGAUACUGAAAUUUUGAUGACAAAAUGAUGACUGGUUACAUCAAACUUAUAGUUACCUGAAUGAAGCAUGCAGCCUUUUCAACUGCAGUUUUUGUUGAGGUAACAUAGUUAGUGGCUAAGCAUAUUGUUCUGUCCUGUAAUAGCAUCUGUUGCAGUGGUCUUACCAGCUGAAACAGUAGCUCUGUCAUAAUUUUGAAGUACUUAUGGCAACAGAUUUUAUUCCCUACACAUAUUCACUGAAUUGUUUUCCUAGUGGAAUUCCACAAGAUAUGAAAAUUGAAACUUGCUGUUUAUGGGAUUGAGCUUUAUUUUCUUAUUAUUUGAACAGAGUCUACUAUUUUAACUGCUCUCAGAUGAAUGGCAUUCAAAUUCCUCUUUCUGCCAAAAGAAGAAUUGAAAAACCGCAUCAAAUAUUGAACAAUUCCGAGUGUCUUUUGUUACACUUUUCAGCGUGUCUGUCCAAAAAUCGAUGUCAGAAUGUGACAGAUUCCAAGAUACUGCAGAAAUUUUUUUCGCAGGUGUAAAAUACUUGGUCAGUCACAUUUACAACAGGAAUGAAGACAACUUGCAAAUAGUUUUGUCACAAUUCUUUAUCUGAAUGUCGGUAAAGAAUUGUGGAGUGCUUCAAUAAAAUGAUGUGAUUGGAGGUGUGAGAGUACUUUGAGAGAGUGGAAUUUGGCUUGAUGUCCUACCUACUUGCCCUCGUAUAUGAGAUUAUGUAUAUAUCCUCAUGUGGAAUUGGAAACAAAAGAUCUCUCUUUGUUGUUGAAUUAUUAAUAUAUUUAUAUUGUAAUUUAUUGAAAGUGAUGUUAAGUUUAUUUGCUCAUUUAUUCUUUUUUUACUAGUCAUGUGAUAAUUUUAUGCAGAAACUUUUGAUCCGCCAUAAUUUAUAUGAGAUUAAGUUGUGAAACCUAGUCACACUUUGUUUCAUUAAUAGAAUGAAACAGAUUAGUAUAACGAUCAUGAUAUUAAUGUCAUUGUUCCUAAUGAGGAAGAAAUUCCUGGAGGGAAUAUGGGUGCUUUGUUGUUUAGAAUGAAAGACAUUAUUUAAGUAAUAAUUUGCCCAUAACUGAUGUCCAGCAUUAAGAAUUUUCCUCUUAACUGGCUACAUGGUUUCAGAUUCAGAGUGAAGGCCCAGAUAUUUGACAGACUUCAGAAUAAUGGUUACUAGUAUGCUUUGUCCAAUCUCAGUGAAAAACUGUGGAAGUAAAGUCCACUGCAGCAAUAAUAUCCUCAGUUAUUAACAACUUGCAGUUAUAGCUUUGCUUUUAGUGAAGAGGGGAUAGAAACAACCCUGGACGAGAUAAUUGUUUUACAUAAAAAAUAGUGAUUUCUUUCUGAAGUGACAAUCUGCAUCAAAAUUCUUAGCCGGUUAGAUGCAGAUUAAGUGAGAACUAUUUCCAUAUUCUCAUUCACAUUUCUUUAUAUAGUUAGUUACCAUAGUUUUACUCAUAUUCAUCAGUUGCUAUUAAAAAUAAUGCAUUUCCAGAUGUGCCAUUCAGUACUCACGCACAGUUACUACUGAGAAUCUUCUCAGCUGUGAGAUUAUGAAGUUAAAUAGUUAAGAAAAUUAAUAUUAGUUUUGGUGACUUCCUUUGCCAUCAAAACUUUAAAUAUUGUACACACUGUUUCAGAGAAAUAAGAUAACUCUUUUAAUAGCUGAUAGCAACUGUGAUGAGUCAUCAGAAUUUAUUUAAGAAGUUACUUCUGUAAUUGAAGAUGAUUUAAAUUUUUGUCAUUAUUCAAAUGACAGGAGAAAGUAUUAUCCUAUAAAUUCUGGAAAAGUCAUAAGAGAGGAAGAUGGAUCUGUUUUGUAGAUAGACUUCACUCUAAAUGAAUAAAAGUGGCCAAACUGUGUAAUUGCUCAUGUUUCCUUUGAACUCAUACAGCCAAUAGCUUGUUAUCACCAGUGCUGAAAUAUUUAUCUGUCUCUACCCUUCUUUGUUUAUUUCUUUUUGUAAUAAAACCAUAAGUGCAAAGAUAAAAACCUUCCAUUAACUGUAAAUACAUUUACAAAUAAGACUGAGCACAGCUUAUGUGUGAGCAGCUGUAACCCAAUGGCAACAGACUGUUUAACUUUGUAUAAUUGUUUUAAAUUUCGUUAGUAUAUAAAGUUUUGCUUGCUCAGCAACUGUGGUGUGACAUCAUUUUUGGGCAGGUGGUACUUAAAACCAUAUACUGAGAGAUUGAAAGGAGUACACAUGUGCUCUAGAGCUGUGUCUUUCUAGAAAGGUGUGUCUGAAAAUGUCUACACUAUCAAAAGUGACUACAUUUUCAAGUCAGGCAUUGUAAAUAUUUCUGAAACAUUGUAUAUUUUGUUUGUAUUUCAUUUUUAAGCCUUGAGAUUAAAAGCUUGUAAACAGUAUGAAGUAAAUAAAAUAUGUACCCUUACAAAUGAAA